AUGAGACAUAAUGUAUUUAAGCUAUGGUAUGCGCGUCGGACGCGUCUCGGCGCGCAGGUGGCCAAGUCGCUUGUCUGGCCAACUCGCUUAUCGACUUUCGACGACCAAACCUCGACCUCCAUCAUCCCCGCCGGCUCCGGCUUCGAAGUUGUGUUAUGCCCAGGCGGCCGCUCGACAAACAUCCUGGCUUCGGAGGCCGACCAGCUGAACGAGCUUGCAAACACAGGCCACGUGUCAAACCAGGGUGGUGGCGGUAACAUAUUCUUAUCAAAGAUGCUGCUGCCUCUACUGGAUAUAACGCUCAGGCUCCUGGCGUCGGACAGGGUGGCGCUCCGGAAACUGCGGGAGAUAGGUGUCGGCGUUGGGGUGAAUAGAUACUGCGAUACUGGUGUGUACGAGCACCAUUGA